AUGCAACACCAAGAAGGUGAAGUACAGAGCCCAGCACCUGCAGUAAAAGUCAAGAAGCGACGGCGCCCAGCUCUUUCCUGUCUACCGUGUCAUCGCAGGAAGUUAAAAUGUGGUCGUGAAUUUCCCGCUUGUGAGCGAUGCAGAAAGAGUGGCCGCCCCGAGGACUGCGUUUAUCCUGAGCACACGGUUCAAACGCGCGUGGCGGUUAGAAAGCCUCCAGGACCGGCCAGCUCUGUCGGCAACUUGACAGAUACAGCCACCGACGACGGUCUGUCUACUCGGUGUCAAACCACGGGAACGAAGACAGCCCAGCCACUACUUGAGCAAUCGUGUCAUAGACGGGUGCGAGAAGAAGCAGAUCAGACGGAGAGUCAAGAGAUGAUCAUCUACAAAGGCGAGGGUCUUCUCACCAGGUUCUAUGGGCACACUUACCACCGUAAUUUGUAUCAGCAGUUUGAUCAGCUUCGUCCCUACAUACAGCGCCUAAAAGCACAGUGCCCAAGCAUCAACAGGCUCCGAGACGAGAUCCAAGUCUUAAAGAUCAAUGCGCAUAACUCGAAAAGUCAAUUCGGUGGCGGUAUGAACGUGGUAUGCGACUCUGAUCUAAAGAGUCUCAUCCCCAGUCGGGAAGUGGCAGAUGAGUUGAUCAACGUGUACGUGACUCGCUUUGAAGCCACCCAUCGCAUUUUCCACAUUCCAACUUUCCUCGACGAGUACAAAAAGUACUGGACCAGCCCAGAAACAACACGGGCGGCCUCAGUCAUUCACUUCCUACUCGCAAUGGCCACGGCGCUGAGUUGCCGCGAGAUCCUGAGCUGCGAUCCCAAAGUCGGGGACAAAAUUGUCAUCACGCGCGAGACCGCCACAACGUGGAUCCAGGGGUGCGAAUCGUGGAUCUCGAUCAACACUGUGAGACCGCCAUAUCGCCAUCUGACCAUGCUAGCAACCAAUUGUCUGCUGGUCAUCGCCAAGCGCGCAAACCACAUCCAAGCAAAUGAAACCUGGAUCACGACGGGGGCGCUGGUGAGAUCGGCCAUGGCGGCAGGAUACCACAGAGAGGCGGACAGUCGCGCCCACAUGUCUGUUUUCCAUCGAGAAAUGCGCCGUCGACUGUGGGCGACCGUGGUCGAACUGGAUCUCCAAGCGGCCAUGGAACGGGGAAUGCCGCCCAGCCUGCGAGAGGAAGAUUUCAACUCACGCCCACCGUUGAACAUCACUGACGAUGCCAUUGACGAGUCGUCAGGGGAGACUCCAGCGACAGCUCCCCUUGAGACUCUCACAGACACUUCUUUCCAAGCCAUUGCUUAUCGCUCUUUAGGCCUGCGACUGCGGAUAUGCGCUCUGAUUAACAACAGCCAUGUGCAGACGGAGGAAUCCCUGUUCGACGAGGCACUAUUGAUGGAUGAGGAGAUUAUGAAAGCACUGAUGGCAGUUCCAGCAACCUGGGGGGCUGGUGCAGCGGCCACCGCCACGGACAAAUGGCCAGCUCAGAAACCUCUUUUCAUUAGGACCAUGUUGGACAUGUUACUUCGACAGCAGGUGAUCUUGCUUCAUAUGCCCUUUGCUAACCGAAGCGAACCGGUCCCCAAAUUUGGCCACUCACGACGAGCGAGGCUGGAGGCAGCGACACACGUCCUCGGUCAAUUUCGAAUGCUCGUGGACCACGGCAUGCUCCCGCGAUCAGGCUGUGACAAUUGCCAGUUCCAGGCUGCCAUGGCCAUCUGCCAUGAGUUGUACCUGAGGAGUGGGGUUUUUGGUGAGCCAAGCCCGUCUUCACCCUUUGUAGAUCUUGUUGUUGGCAUUGAGUCCGUCUCAAGAACAAUACUCAUCAGGUUCGUGUUCGUUCAAGGGUCUGUCGCAACAUUCCACGCCGGCUCUGGCCUUGCCGAGUGCUACAUUUCCAUGGCCGAAGGUGUCCUGUCCAUGAUGGAGAGCCGCAUCACCAUUCUGGCAAAGGGGCUCAACGAGUACUAUCUCCUCACCAUGGUUCUUGGCCUGGUCAAGUCUCGAUUGUGGACGGAACGCGCCUCGUCUUUCGGCGCAGAGGCAGUCGAAAGGAUCACAAGGAUCAUGAUAAUCCUUGGGUCAAUACGCAAAUCGAUCUGGAGCGACGCUCCUCCACACGGUGCCGGAGGUGACGGCCUCCAUUCCGAGUAG